AUGGGAUUAGGUUGUUUUAUCUUUUCACUGGUGAAGUACAGGCCGCUCACCUAUAACAAGCUUUACAAAUAUCCUGAUUGGUCUGUUGGAUUGGGUUGGGUUCUUGCACUCACUUCUAUGAUUUGCAUCCCGAUGAUGGUCGUCAUCAAAAUCAUCCAAUCAGACGGCUCCCUGAUAGAGCGGAUCAAAGCGGUGGCGGCGCCCGUUAAAGGAGGCGCGAGCUCUCGUCCGAAAGAGUACGGCCUGAAGAACAGCGAGCUGCUUCACCCUCUGGACCCCAACGGCAUCCACGUCUUCACCAAACACACCCACACCAUCGUAGAAACUACUAUGUGAGACUCUCUAAGAGAGAUUCCCAUAUUCCCCUGCUCCUGUCCUCUCCUAUGGGAGAUCCCGUUUCAUGUGUUGUCCCUCUCCCUUCCCCUCUGUUCCUCUCUCUCGCUCUGCACUGGUGCGUUUUUACGAAAUGAUCUCUUAUAUUCAUAUAUCUUUUUUUGCCAUGUAGGAUUUGUAAUCACUGGUAUUAGCAUUAAUGCUGAUAUUGUAAUAACCUGAUGUGAGCUUUAGCUGUCUGGGGCGGUUUGAUUAAUCUGUAUUGCAGUUUCACAUUAAACCGUGUCCUAAUCAGGAGCGACACAGGAUUUACAGCGCAUCGCUUUACUAUCUCUAUCAAAUCAAUCCGAUUUUUGGUCCUAAACAGUCACGAUGAGAGAUUUUGCUUUUCGAUUUCGGUCCUGUCACUCUAGGUAGCCCCGCCCACAGUGAAAUCCCAUUGGUCCAAAAUCGUGUUCCGCAUAAAUUUACAUAAAACAUUUUAUAUUCUUAUUGCGCUUCACUUUCUCUAAGGAGUUGUAUUGUGGAAAUCAUGUUGCACCUGAUUAGGACACAAUUCAUCAGCAGAGAGAGCGAGUUUUAGCUUCGUUUUUAGGAAAAAAAAUUAAAACAGCAGCGAACUAAAUGUGACAUUUAGCUCCGUCCGUCAGUGGUUGUGGCUGUAACUCUUGUACGAUGAGGUUCUUAAAUGUUCUUGAAGAAAAAUGAAUGUACCUCCGCUUUGGGCGGACGCUGUGCACAGUCAUGCACACACACACAUGUAAGACAUAAGCAAACCUUAACGCUCUGUCCUUCAGUCUCUCCUUGAACUAUAGUGAUCACUGCCAUCGCACACAUCGAGUUCAUUUAACACUGUAGGCAGCUCUGUUCACUAAUAUAAAUAUCGUUUGAUGCACUAUUAUGAGCGUCGUUCACUGUAAGCUGAUCCGAGAGCUGAUGAUUAUCAACAGCCGUUUGGCAGCACUUUACUAGCUCUUCAUGUACAGCGAGAUCCGAAAGUCUGAGACUAUGGCUGUGUUCGAAAUCACCCCCUAUACACUCAUUCACUCCCCACUAAUACAGUCUACUAGAAGGAGUGAGAGAAAACGAGGACGACACCAAGUUGCAUAGUUUGUGCUUGCUGUUUAAUGAACAAAACUAGCAGCUCCAGUAGUAAGAUGAAAAUACAUAUCUUGAACCUUAACUAAACAAUUUAAUAACAAUUUAAAAUGGAAUUGAUACCUGUAUGAUAUCAUGCUGUAGCCACAUUGGUCCAGCGGUUUGGAAAAUGGAUGGAUGGAUGAUUCAGCUGCGGCGCCAUCUUCUGGUCAGACACGGGAAUUCAUUCAGUGCAUUAUGGGUAUUCUCUGGUGCAUUGUGGGAUUGAAUUAGUGCACUCGAUUACGUCCAUUAUGGUUUUCGGACACCACUACAAAUGGCUGUCUCAAAUAGUGCACUUUUUAAGGAUAUAGGGAGCGAUUUCGCACACAGCCUAUAUAUAUAUAUAUUUUUUUUUUUCAUUUUACUUAACAUUUUCUUAAAUCUUAAAACUUUUCUACUUCCCCCUCUGUAAUAAAAAAACUGUUAACUUCAGGGAAUUUCUACUUUUUUCAAGAAAAGAAUAUGAUCAAUCUUAUUUUAAUCAUUUGGUAUUGUAUACAUAGACACUGGUUUCCCCCCC